UUACAUUCUUGUAUCUCUAGGUUUUGAGUUCAUGUACCAUCAGCCUUUCAAAUCUUGCAUUUGAGAAGUUUUUGGAGCACUUUGCCAAGUGUGCUUAUGAUUUCCAACAAGCUGCUGAGCGAGUCACGAUAAGGUAGUCUUUAGUAGUAACAGAUUAUAUGACUAUACCUUACGUUAUGUUCUGUAGAUCCCAUCUUAAUGCUUGCAAAUAGAAGAUGAACUAGGUAGAAUAGCACAAUCUAUACAGUAUUUUCUCUGGAUAGUUUGAUAGAUUGUCCAUAUAUUCAUAAAGACAAUCGAACUACAUAAUGCGAGCUCCGAGCUGCUAGUCUAUAUAACUUUUUUAACGUUGUUACUAUUUUCUUUCAAUAGAUUCGCUUUGAAGGCACUUUUCCUUGCUUGUGAUCAUGACGCUGUAAGUCUAUGCGUUAAAUUCUUAUUCUUCUUGUUUUUCACGUUUUUCAUUUUUAAAUCAUUUCUUCAAUUUAAAGGUUGGUAUGUUGGACAGAAUGCGCGUGUUGGAAAUCCUGGGCAAUUAUUACGACAGCUCCACUGAAGAAAUUAAAACAACGUUGAGAAAUCCCAGGAAAUGUAUGUUUAAUAUUUUUGAAUGUUGCAUGUGUUGGUUUUUUUGUUCCACUGUUGUUUUGUUUCGCGGUUCAAACACAAACUAUGGCAGCUUAUAUUUCUGUUUCACAUUUCAUUUUGUCAGGGCCUAUUGUUGACGUUGAGGAAUGUGAAGAUUACUUGUUGGCCCAAGAGCAAAGCAAAGAAGAACUGAACAAAGUCUCUGAAACUCCUGAACUGAAAGACAACAAACCAGAAAUAUCUGAGAAGAUAUCUGAGGACAUUGGUGAGAGAACAAUAUUCUGCGAUAAGCUACAUUUAACUAUUCUUUUCAGGUAGUUCAGACCCAAAUCAACAUCUGUCAAAAUCUGUCAAGUGUCAAUGCCACUAUAAUCCCGUUUUUGUUGAGCUGAAAUUUUAAAAUUUUCAACGAAAGGCUAGCCAAACUUUAUCUCACUUUAGUUCACUUUGGUUGCCACAUUUCGCCCACGGCGAAGCACACACCGGCAAAAGAAAGCAAGGUCCAUAACGGUGGGAUCCUACCCCUUGUCCUGAUCGUCGCAUUUCUUGGUCACUUCACGACGGGGAAGCCCGGCUCGGAUACGAGAUUCAAUGUCCAUAAUGGCGAGAGCCCUUACUAUCGCCCUGAUGUUGUUUCUCCAGCUUUUCUGGGGGCCCUUACCACCAAGAGAAACCACACUUUCCGUCUCCCAACUUUGGGCAAUUGUUUUGUUAGGAAUAUUGUUAUAAAGCAAACAUUUCCCAGCAAGUUCUUCAUCUUUUAACGUGUAGAAGAAGAAAAGAAAGAAGAGGACGCGAUUAAAACGCCAGAAAUGGUUGAAACGAAGACAGCGAGCUCAGAAGAAGACGCAACAAACGUUGAACAAGAGUUAAACGUUGACAAAACUGUUGAAGAUGACUCGAAAAAGGGGGCGGCAAAACCACAGGAAGACAUGCCUGUGAAAGAUGUCGAGAGUCACUCGAGUGUGAAGGACGAAGAAGACGGAGAUGAGAAUGAAGAUGGCGACGAAGCUGAGCCAAAACCCGCUCGCACUUCAUCUGAAGGUUGGUAAAGAAGGAUUUGUCGUUUUAUUAGAAAAAUGUUGGUGUUUCAGUGGUUGGUGCGUCUGUCUUCCACAUAUGUGACUGAGGUUUCAUUCCUGCAAUCAUAAUUUCACCUCGGUCACAUGUGAGAAGAGUGCUUCCAGUUUGACUCUACCAAACACAACGAGUUUCCUUUGCCCAACUUCGUUCAGAUGGAUCAUUCAUCUCUGGUAUAAUAUGUUGUUUCUUUCAUUAGAUGAGAUAACGUCAUCAAGUCACUCGGUCGUCACUGAAGAUCGUCCGCAAUCCGUGACAACCGGGUCAGCGUUUGAUAAGAAUCUUCUCAAUCAAACACAGUUUGUUAAUCUUUGUGAACAGUUUCUGGGUGACGAACCUCUAAGGUGAGUUUGACGUAUUAACCAUCAAUAUGAACGUACGCAAGUAAAAACCUCACAACUUGUCAACAAGAUGUGUUCGCAACAGGCUUGUAGCAAGCUUGUUAACAAGUUGUAACAAUGCUGUUAUUUUAUCAAGUUGCUACAAGGUUGUCACUCACAACUUGUUAUCAAAUUGUUGAAUUGCAGGACGAUAACAAGUUGUUGGAACAACUUGCAACAAGUCUGUUGAACUCAACAACCUUGUAGCAAAUAUUCAACAAGCCGUUGACAACUUGUGAACAAGCUGGGAACAAGCAGUGCGAACACAUCCUGUUGACAAGUUGUUGGAACAGCAUUGUUACAAGUCUGCUACAGGUUUAUUACAACUUGUGCGUUUUUACGUGUGUACCUGUAAACUGGUUAGAAACGUACAUAGUCGAAUUUGCGUUGACAAAGUUGUCACCGAAGCUAACUAGUGUGUAAGUCUAAGCUAGCUGCGUCGUCUAACCCUAUGGUUAUUGCAGCUAGCUUGCACAUAAGUCAGGAUCAAAGUUUAACGUAAAAAAGUAAUUGUAAAUCAUUGUGAAAAAUAAAAUGAUUGAUUGAUUGAUAAUUCAAUUACUCGCUCGACUGGCCAGUCGGUUAUUCUUUCGUUCAUUAUUUUCUCUUACCGGUAAUCAAUGUUCAUUUAUUUUCUUCGUCAGAUCGGUUCUGGAUAGUCUGGUGAGGUUUAUCAGAGCCAGCUACAGCGAAACUGACGAGGAAAGAAUUGUCAGACAGGCAAAGGUAUGAAAGAAUUGAGCGAAAAUUGAACAAAACCUGGGAAUUAGUUAUUCCUACAAUAUGGAAUUACCUGACCAUAAUUUAGCCUCGGUUGUAUGUGACAAAAUUACUUCCAGUUUGACUCUAAACUAUACUGACUGAAGUUAGUUUAGUUUAGGUUUUCUCCUGUAGUAACACUGGAUCAACAAGAGACGAUCUUUACUGGACCUCUAGGAAGAACAGUUUAGAACUGAUAGAGCUAUCCAGUAUAAAUAAAGUUAAGUUAGUUUAAGUUUCCUCCUGUAGUAACACUGGAUCAAUAAGAAAUGAUCCUUACUGGACGUCUAGGAAGAACUGUUUAGAACUGAUAAAGCUAUCUAGUAUAAAUAAAGUUACUAUAGUUUAGGUUUCUUCCUGUAGUAACACUGCAUCAAUAAUAAAUGACUCGUACUGGACCUCCAGGAUGAACAGUUUAGAACUGAUAGAGCUAUCCAGUAUAAAUAAAGUUAAUUUAAGACCUAAGUUUAAUUCAAAUAAUUUCUAUUGGCAGGCUCGUAAAGAAGCUCGUGUGAACAAACGAAAGUAUAUGGUGGAACAACUCUUUGAUUUCUGGGACGUAGACAGAUCUGGAACUUUAAAUUUCCUGGAAGUAAUCGAUGUUUUAUCAAAAUGGAAAGAUAUUUCUGCGCAACCCGAGUUCCAAGAAUGUAAGGAAUUACUUCAUCUAGCUUUGAAAGCACUGACUAGUCAGUUGGUGGUUGACAACUUCGGAAAUCUUUGCCCUAACCUUUGGCCAAAAAUAUUUAAACUAUAGUCCUGUCUCAACUCUAUGUACUUGCUACCAAAUACAAGACUACUACAUAUCAUGAAAAGGAUUAACAUUAUUUUCUCAUUCUGAUAACUGCAGCUUGGAAACCCGUCUAUUAUGUGUCUUAAGGUAGCAAAGAAUCCCACAGCAGCAUUCACUUUGUCAAUAACCUUUUCCCUUGUCUUCGUCUAGUUAUGGAAGAACACUACACAGACACGCGAGAAGUGAUAUGUUCAGAACUUCAUGACUACAUUGACUCAGUUUGUACAGCAUGUUUCCCGCAUGAAGAUCCAUUUGAGGCUAUUGUUAUAUUUCUUCAUACUAGUAUAGAGGUGAGAUUUUAAAACUUACAAAAUGCACACCUAGAUAGUCAGCACAUCCGCCUGUCACCUCUGCCAUCCUGCUUUGUGUUGCUGUCUGAUAAUUAGAAUUUUAGCUUGGUGACACGUGAGAAUGGUGCUUCCAGUCUGACCCAUUCAAACACUGUUGGAUACAGCUGUUUCCUCCUGUAGUAUGUGUUUUUUUAUGAUUCCCUAGGAUGACUCUUACUGGACCGCUAAAGAGACUAGUUGAGAACUGAUAGAGCUAUCGAGAACAGCUUAGAACUGAUAGAGCUAUCCAGUGAAAAAUACAAAAUAUGUGACCUUUACACGAAAUAUGUUUAUUUGUUGUAUUUUGUAGCGAACAUUUGAGGAGAGGAAGCGAGGCGCAGCAAGAAAGUCUUGGAUAAAUGACAUUGAUAUGGCGGCUAAAACAAGUGCUGGGAUUGUUGAUGGAGUGUAUCAAGCCACGUUUCAAGCUCUAUUCAACGAUGCUGAGGCACAUGGCAGAGAAAAGGUAAAGUUGUGGGCAACCUAUGUAGAUUGUAACCUGGGUUUCACUACUGAGCACUAUUGUGCAGCAGAUGGUGAUUAACCUGCAGUUAUCAGAGUGACAAAAUAAUGUUCAUUCUUUCCAUUAUAUUUAGAUUUUUGCCUUUUUAACGAUCAAGUACAAGGCUUAUUAACAUUUAUUUAAUAAAGCAUUUCUGUUCAGUAAAAUUGAGAAAUAUGUAGCUUCGAGAGAAACGUAAUACACCUUAUAGUUUGUGUAUAGUUUGUGAAACUCCUUAAUAAUUCAUGAAGAAAACACAAAAGAAAGCAUAACCGCGAAGGAGUUUAUAUAUCUGAUACAAAAUCAUGCUGUUUUACAUAAACUUUAAGUUCAAUUUUCUCACCAAAUAUCAUUCAUUUUAAAUUGUUGGAAGAAUACGAAUGUUCUCAUCAAGACGUUUCACAAGCCAUUCACGUCCGUGUUGCCUCGCAUUCGGCUCGAGUUUGUAUAUCCAAUACAACACUGCUGCCCAUGUUUUAAAUAGUACAUAAGCAGCUGUCGGUAUUUCAAAUUUGUGGACUUAAAAUCGUUCUCUCUUUCUCCAGGUCAUCAGUGCUUCUAUCGCUCUGCUAGAAAACAAUUUGAACCCAGAGAAGCAACACAGAGGCGCGACGUUACUUCGCUAUGUGGCUGCGACCCCUAACGAUGUUCCGUUUGUAAUGAAGAAAUGUUUGUAUCGAGAUAUGAGGUCAAUCAGUUUUGCCGUGGUGGAUACUGGGAAGCCAAUACAUGUAACAAAAGUUCUCAAUCAUCCUGGGGUACACCUGUGGAAUCCCGCAAGAAAGGAAGCGGUAAUUGCUUGGUUAUUUCGUAGAACACUGGACCUCUAGGAAGAACAGUUUAGAACUGAUAGAGCUAUCCAGUAUAAAUAAAGUUAGUUUAGUUUAGGUUUCCUCCUGUAGUAACACUGGAUCAAUAAGAGAUAACCCUUACUGGACGUCUAGGGAGAACAGUUUAGAACUGAUACAGCUAUCCAGUAUAAAUAAAGUUAGUUUAGUUUAGGUUUCCUGUUAUAGUAACACUGGAUCAAUAAGAGAUGAUCCUUACUGGACGUCUAGGAAGAACAGUUUAGAAUUGAUAAAAUAUCCAGUAUAAAUAAAGUUAAAAUUCUUUGUUGUGUUCUUAGGGUGCCAACGGAUCUCUGAUUGUUCUCCCUCUGAAAGAUCACGAGAAGAGUGUGACAGGGGUUCUAUGCGUCGAUACUGUGGACGACCCAAUGGAGAAAUCUGUGUUCAUUACACAUGAGAUUAGUUUUUAUCAGGUUUGAAUUUUUCGUCUGUGUAAACCACAUGCAGGGAGCUAACGAGAGCGCGCGCAUCCAGCCCGGAACAGCCAGACCUGCUCUUCAACACUGAAUUAUAUAUUUAGAUAACCCUGAAAAUAAUAAUUGUGGAUAAUUUAUUUCAGGGUGUUGUAAAGACUCUCAGUGUGAGCAUGCAAUAUGUUGAUAUUCGCAGUAAGACAGUGAGAAUUGCUGACUCCGCGUUGUCAUGGAUACAUCGUCGUACACACAGUGUUAAGAAUAGUAAUUUCUAUCUUGUUGAACCUGGACUUCAUGUAAGUAUUAGUAUUGUGGUUUAUGGUUCCUGGUUAAAAAUGUCCCAGUUAAUUUAACCAAAGUCCUGAUUAACUUGAUCAUAGUUCUGAUUAAUUUAAAUAAGCGAUAAGAUUGAAUUAACCAGAUUAUGUUAGACCUAUGUUAGCUUUGUACCUCUGCUGUGACCACUAGAUUUAUCGUACAAGAUACUAACCAUUUUUGAGCCAAAAGUGGUUAUUUUUCCCGCGCGUAAUACAAAUUGAUACAAAAUUCGCGAACUUCACAGGGCUAUAUUUUCUUCAUUUUACGACAUUUAGCAACUAAUAUUUGCAGUUUUACUCAUUCUAAGACGCUCUUUCUAGCUGUGGUGUUGGAUUUCGUUCUUGCCUUGAUCAAAAUUUAGGCUGGAAUCACCCAUUGUGCUCCCUGUUCUAACUCGUUACUGAAUGACAUCUGUUCUUUAUUAUGUAUCUUAAUAUGUUUGAUGUUUAGCCUGCGGACGGGCUGGUGUUAAGAAGAAUGUUUUCUAUUGACCACAACCGAAAACGAGAAUAUUUUGCUGAUCCUCCGCGAAUGAAUCGUAAGGAUAAUUUAUUCAGGUAUAACUUUCACAUUUUAUCCCAUUCACCAUCAUGCAAAUAUUAAAGCCUUGAAGCCAGGUGUCCCUAUGGCCAUAACGGUCGUAAAAAUAAAGUCGCGAUCUUUUUCAAUGGCCAGACUAUAAUAGUUUUUUACCUGUAAACCACAUAUGUCAUAUAAAUCAUAAGUAUUCUCUAUUUAUAAUGCCUAUUUUCAGUUCUAAACUGUUGAAUUUCGGCUGUUGCAGGCCUUAAAAUAUCUUUUCCAGGGCCGUCUGACAAAAUAUCCGGUGACGUUGAGUUUGGGUCGGACAUAUGUCCGAUGACCUUCAGUUCAUUUUUGACUCGGAAAUAAGUCUGAAUGACACAAAUGAAUAAACGGUAAAUGUUGUAAAAAUAUUAAAUAAUUUGUUUCUUUCAUACUUAUUUCCAAGCCAAAAUUAACUUGCUUUCCAGAACAGCAGCAUCAAAAAGACUUCGACAACUUAAGCCCGUUUUCCACUUCACCAUUUCGCUCGCCUCCCUGUGCUCAACUAAUACGUUAAAACAACAUUUCCAGUUGACCUUUUAUACAAUAGUACUCCGAUUUUCCAUUUAACACACAAGCCUCUAGUCCUGGGCUAGGGUACAUUUUGAUUUACGUCGGACAAAGCUACAGUUCGGUCGGACACCAAUACACUCGGGUCGGACAAACAAUAAACCUCAGUUUCACUUUGGUCGGACAGAAUGUCCGGUGGUUUCCUUUCUACGUCGGACAAUUUCACGAAUGGGUCGGACAACGUCCGUGACCGACUGAUAUUUUAAGGCCUGACUGUUGAGAAAGAUUAAAUGGCUGUUUUUCGUUAUUCAGUAUGACUAUGUACUUUCCUCUAGGGACUACCUGUUCAAAUGUGUAGAAAGUUCUGAAACCAUCACAGCAGACGCGUAUGGCGAGCGCCAUCUUGCUUUUCCAAUUCGUGAUCAAGAUGGCGUUGCCAUAGCAGUCGUCGACAUCAGCAUCGGUGAGAUCAGAGUCCUGCCUACACAUGAGAUGAAUGAGAUUCAGAAAAUGCUUCGGCUCCUCGCCGUAGCUCAUCGUGAAGUGGCGGACGAGGUCGCCGGAAGGAAAAAGAAUAUCGUAUUGGGUCAGUGAAGUGACUUUUUUAAAAGGGUGGUG